AUGAAAAAAUCAUGUUUUUCAAAAUUUUUGUUACUGGCUUAUUUCUUAAUAAUAUUGAUAAUAAUCAGCAUGAUUCAUAAAAAGCCUUCCAUGACAUCAAGAACCCACUCCACUCCACAAGGCGACCUUGCUGACAUCUUCGAUAAAAAUCGCAUCUUUCACACUCCAACUCUCCCAGACCUCACAAGUUCAAGAUCCUUAAAACAUUCAAUCACCCCAAUUGCUAUAAAAACCAAUAUAAUGUCUGAGUUUGCAAAAAAUAAAAUCAGCCAUGAAAGGCAAAAAUCAGAUAUUCCUGACGAAGAAAGGUCUCCUACAUAUAAAAAAAGCACAAACAGAGAAAAAAUAAAUGAUUUGAUGGAAACUUUGGGUGUUUUAAAAGGGUCUAAGACAUUCAAACUGCCGACUUCAAUUGAUAAAUUGAAAGAAGUGGUAAGCGAUAAUAGUAAAAGUAACGAGUCUGAAGAAGUGGAAAGGCUUGAACUAGGCAUGCCUGUGAGGAGAAAAGAUGUUCAAGCCUUAGCUGACUGACUGGACAUGAUGCUAAAACAGGUUUUGAGUGAACAAAAUGAGGACAUUGAAGCCCUUUUUGAAGGCGCAUUAUUAAUUUAUAAUGUAUGCUUUCACGAAAUAGUAAGGCAGGUCAGUGUCCAGUGUGUAGAAAGAGGAGAACUUAUUAAUAGGGUGUGAAAAGCUUACUUAAGGAUUCUCGAAAGGGCGUUAAGAAUUGUAAACGUCAAACUUUUAGUCCAAUCCCAACAAUUUUUGCAUGAAAAAGAAGAAAUCCACGCCAAUUUUGUAAUAGAAAAGACAAGGAUGGUAAAAGAAAAAGACAAAUUUUUUAUUGAAAAUGAAAAACUACAGAGAAUUAUUAAGACAAAAGGGGACGAAAUAGAUAGGAUGACGAGAAGAGAAGAAAGGCUCAUUAAAAAGCUAGAUAUUUUACAAAAACAGUAUGAGACUACUAAAAAAGAAGUUUUAUAUUUAAAAGAAGACAAUAGGGUGCUACAAGCAAAGCUGAAUAACUCUGAUGUAGAAUUUGUAGAGAGACCUGACGGAGUUAUUGAGCUUAAACCUAAAAGGGUGCUAAAAAUAAAAAGGAAAAAAGUAGAUGACAUUGACGAAAUUUUGAUGAAAGACCCACUUAUUAAUAAAGUAAGUCUAAUGGAGUAUGGAGAGCCUGAAAAAAUUGUGGAAAGUAUUAGAAAAAACAGUGAGUAUGAAAAAGAAUUAUUUGCAAAACUUGAUUAUAAGGACGUAGGGAUUGAUGUAAGAGUUUUGGUUAAUGAAGAAGGACAGCAAACUGAAGUGACUGAGCUAUGUGGAGAGUCUUGUGGAGAAAAAUAUUUUAAGCCACCACCUAUUCCUGUAUUGGAGCUAAAGAAAAGUUCGAAUUUUAAGCUGGUCGAUAUAAUUGCUCAGAAAAGGAAUGAGAUAUAUGAGGAGGAUGAAGAGGAUGAAGAGGAGGAAGAAGAGAAUGAUGAGAUAGAUUUGGAAAAACAAGGAAAAAUUUCUGAAGAGCAAAAAGUGUUUAUUUUAAACUUCCAAGAAAAAAUUGACCAGGUUAAUGGCUUGAUAGAGAAAAUGAAAGAAAAUUUUGCUGCAAGCGCUAAUACUCAUGACAAUCCAUUUGCCCAAUCAUUACUAAAAUCAAUUUCUAAAGCAUUUGUCAAAGGCCGGGAAAAGCUACAAGAAAAAGAAGCCCCACUUGAGCUUGAAGCAGCUGCAGAAUCUACAAGUGGCCGAAAUCGAUUAUACAAUAACAUUCAGAAAGUUAAAAUUCCUAAAAAAGUCGUCCAAAACAACAUAGCAAAACAAAUUACUUAUAAAGUCUUGAAUACUCCAACUUUCAAGCUAAAACACGUAAUGAUAAAAAAGAUGCUGCUUAGGUUUAUUACACAGUUUUAUGAUAUUACUAUCACAAAAAAAAAUGAUCCUGAUCCCAGAUCUAUGCAUAUGCCAGAUAUCGUUAUAGAUACAUUUAAUCAUAAAUAUGGGAUGCCAAAAGUGGUAGAAACAAAAUAUAAGCAGCUUUUAGCAUCUUGUAUCAAAUAUAAGACUAUCAAGAGAAUUUAUAUUUUUGGACGGUUUUUAGGGCUUUAUGACGAGCUGUCAAAUGAUGAUUUAGUGGUAUAUGCUGACUGCUUAAAUUUUAUGAAGGCAGGAUUUUAUAGAGAUACACAAGCUGAUUACUCAGAAAUUGUGACAGUUCCAUUUGAUAAAGCAAUUGAGUACCACAAACAAUUUUGGCAGGACAGGCUAAGUAAAGAAGAAAACGAAGACCUUAAAAGAGAUUUAGAAAAAUUAAAGAAAAACGACAAACAAAUUUCGAUUGAUUUUGACAGUUACUUUGAACAAAUCAUAGCCAGAAUCGAAAAAAAAAGAAAAAAUCCGGCUAGGUGAAUUUUUCCGAAUUGUGAAGUAAGAUCUUUUAAGGAAUACGAUACAAAAAACCUUUAUAAGAAAGGCAAGAAGGAUACUUAGCAAACUAUCUGAGCAAAUGCUGAAAUUUUAAUUUUCUGUUUGGCUUAAUAGUAAAAUUCAACCAAAAAAAGGUACUAAAAUAAAAAUUAUCAAGCUAAAUCACUAAUAUAGAUUAGAUAAAAAAGUCAUUUUAAAAGAAUUAUACCAUAGUCCAUUGACGAAUUAUAAGAUGGUUGACGUCAAGUAAAUUUCAGUAGUGAGAUAAGUGAAUUUUAAUAAAAGGUCAGAUAGUUAUUUAUCCGAAUUCCAAUUUCGGAAGUUAUCCAAAAUAAAAGGGUGUAUCCUUCAGUAAUUUUUUUUUUUUUUUUUACGUCCAACCUUACCGUUUAUUAUAAAAAAAAUUAAAAAUCACGAAUAUCUUCUAAAUAUCCUUCCUUACACUCAAAUAGUCCAUAAAUAAAUGCAUUAAACUUAGAGAAAAUAAAUAGAAUUUUAACACAGAUCUAGCUUAACUUAAUAUACUCUUUCACACAAUUUGCGAUGCUAAAAGUCCGCAAAGUAAAUUUACUAAAGAGGCAUCUUAAAAGCUGCAUCACCUGAGUCUUUUGCGAACUAUUAAAAAAAUAUCAGUAAAAAAAUUUGACUGAAAAGUUCCUUCAAGAAUUUUUUUAAUGAAAAUUCUUUUGAAUCAUUAUUGAAGAUUUACUGUAUUUAGAGAGUUUAAUUAAGACCAGAAUAAUUAAUAUUCCGCACAUUAUUUUGUGCAUAAAUUUAAUCCAAUUUUCGCGGCAAUAAAAUGGUCGACAGACAUUGGCUGUAUGGAAAUUUCCAUACAAUUACUGCAUCAGAAUCGAACUCUAUUGAUUGAUGCAGGGAAGUAGGCAUUAUGAAGGAUCCUAUAUGCGACUUAUUCCAUAGGCCGACCUAUAUUUAUCAGGGAGGUAAUUCACAUUUUUUAAGAUGCAAUUCAUGCCAAAAAACACUCUCUUUGCGUCGGCUUUCAAUAUUUCAAUAUUCUAGGCUUCCGCUCUCCACUUGCAUUAAAAUAAUCUUUUUCCACAUGAUAAGAGAACACUCAGUGCUUCAGAUUGCUCAAGAUCUUGGAUAUACCCAUAAAGCAGUAAGAAAAUUCAUCAAAGCAGUCAGAAGGCACAUUUCUAAACAAAUUUUUAAGAGCUAUUUCGAAGAUGAUCCUUUAGGAUCAGAAAAUGAGCCAGGUAGAAAUCACCCAACAGUAGAGAUGGAUGAGACCAAACUCCUGCACUGAAAGAACGAAACCAGAUGAGUGUGUUUGGAAUUUAUGAUAGAGGCACUAAAAAAUAUCGGCUUUUUUACUGUUCUAACAAUAGGUCCUAUGAAGAACUUAAAAAUUAUAUACUCUUAUCAGUUGCUACUGAUCCGAAUAACCCUACGGAAUGUUGGACUGAUGGCUGAAGAGAGCAUAUAACUCUUAGUAAAUGAUGGAUUUAGGCAUAAAGUUGUGUUUCAUAACAGGUCUUUCAGAGUCGGACGAGAAACUACGAACCACAUUGAGAACUUAUGGUUUCGUAUGAAAAAGCUAAAAACAUUUUCAAACGGAUUUGGAGCAAAUAUGAGGAGGAUCUCGAAGAUUAUAAACUAUUUUCAGUUUCUACUUGCAAAUAAAGGGUUAGAUCGCAUUGAAGCAUUCAUACAAGCAUUGAAGGUAGAUAAUUUCUCAUAUUCUAACUAAUAAAUGGAUAUUCAACUCUCUAAAAUACAGUAAAUCUUCAAUAAUGAUUCAAAAGAAUUUUUCAUUAAAAAAAUUCUUGAAGGAACUUUUCAGUCAAAUUUUUUUACUGAUAUUUUAUUAAUAGUUCGCAAAAGACUCAGGUGAUGCAGCUUUUAAGAUGCCUCUUUAGUAAAAUUUACUUUGCGGACUUUUAACAUCGCAAAUUGUGUGAAGAGUAUAUUAAGUUAAGCUAGAUCUGCGUUAAAAUUCUAUUUAUUUUCUCUAACUUUAAUGUAUUUAUUUAUGGACUAUUUGAGUGUAAGGAAGGAUAUUUAGAAGAUAUUCGUGAUUUUUAAAUUUUUUUAUAAUAAACGGUAAGGUUGGACGUAAAAAAUAAAAAAAAUUACUGAAGGAUACACCCUUUUAUUUUGGAUAACUUCCGAAAUUGGAAUUCGGAUAAAUAACUAUCUGACCUUUUAUUAAAAUUCACUUAUCUCACUACUGAAAUUUACUUGACGUCAACCAUCUUAUAAUUCGUCAAUGGACUAUGGUAUAAUUCUUUUAAAAUGACUUUUUAUCUAAUCUAUAUUAGUGAUAUAGCUUGAUAAUUUUUAUUUUAGUACCUUUUUUUGGUUGAAUUUUACUAUUAAGCCAAACAGAAAAUUAAAAUUUCAGCAUUUGCUCAGAUAGUUUGCUAACUCCCCCCCCCCCUCCGUGAGCGAACAAAAAAAUUUUGUUCACUCACGGAGGGGGGUUAAAUUUUUUUUUUUUUUAAAAACAAUUUAUAUAUAAAAAUUUAUAAAAAAUAUUUUUUUUCGAAAUUUAAAAAAAAUCCUAAUUUGCAAAAAUUGGGAAGCAAAUACUAAUUUAAUUUGCAAAAUUUAUGUUUUAAAACGCAAUUUGUUUAAAAUUAAACAGAAUUAGCUCUAGAUUUCAUUAUACUAAUUAUCACUUAUAUAGCAAAAUUUUUUUCUAUUAAAAUUUUUUCUAUUAAAAAAUAUUUUUUGUUCACUCACGGAGGGUGGGUUUUUGGUCAAAAAAUGGCGAUUUUUCUAAUGGUUUUGUUCGCUCACGGAGGGGGGGGGGGAGUAAGUAUCCUUCUUGCCUUUCUUAUAAAGGUUUUCUGUAUCGUAUUCCUUAAAAGAUCUUACUUCACAAUUCGGAAAAAUUCACCUAGCCGAAAAAUCCGGAUAAAUUUCAUUAAAUGCAUAUAUGAUGCAGCUGAUUUUAAUGGUGACGGAUUUUUAGAAUUUGUGGAAUUUAGUUUACUAGUGAAGCAUAUAGCUGCUACCAAAAUAACUGAAAAAUAUGCAUUAGAGCUAUUUGACAAGUUUGCUGAAGUUUUUACAGGAGAGCACGAUGAAGAAGUAAAAGCUUUGUCUUUUGAAAAUUUUUCUCACCUGACUUUUCUCCAUCAAAUCUUUACUCCUGAAAGUCUUAACAAGUUUUCUCAAAUUUCUCAUGAGAAAGGCUCAAUUGGGCAUCUUCAAGGACUGGCUAACACUAUUAAUAAAAAAAUCGAGGAGUUUAAAUGGAGACUUACAAAGCUGAGUAAUUGGAAAGAGUCUAAAGAAGAAUAUGAAAAUUACCUUAGAGGGCUAAUGCAAAAAGUAAAGAAUCCUACAGUUCCUGAUUCUGUGUGGGUCGGAUAUCGAUUGAUAGAUGAAGAGUCUAAAUGUAUUUGCAUAGAAAGCACACUUUUUUGGUUUCAGACUUUUUGGCAUUUCUUCAGGAAAUUUGGUCAAAAUUUUUAUAUGAGAAAUUUCAAUCAAUCCUCACUAGAAGAAAAAAAUUUCGAUCAAAUGUGCCUUAGGAAAUUGGGCAAAAAUUUGGAAAGGAAAAAAUUGCACACUAUUUUCGCUUCUGCCUAAGUGCAGUCGAUUCUUUUGUAAAUAA